CUAGCAGUAAAUAUUAAAAUACACAUUUGAAGCCUCUAAAAUAGUCUUUUAUAUUAUUUCUAGAUUUUAAUUAGCGCUUUUUUAUUUGUAAUUUGUUUACCCUAAUUAAUAACAAUGAAUUAGUGUUAUAUUUAUUGGUAAUUAGUUUAAUUGAAACUGUAUAUUGAAAUACGCACAAACUUAUUUCUUCACCUUAGUCUGAGAUGUAUAUUUGAGUUUAGGUUUAGGUGAUAUUUAAAAUGUGUUCAUGUGAAAAAUUCUGGAACUUAAUGAACUGGAAUGAAAAUUAUAGAAAAUUAACAGUAUAACAUAAAAAUCUCAUACCCCAUUUCAAUCUGAUUGUACCUGACAACUGUUACAAAUAUAAUUUACUUACAUUUUUCUGCUCGAUAACACAGGACCACCGUGUACAAAAUAGUAAAAUUAAUGAUUUCAUUGGAAUACCCAAACUAACGUAAAUUCAUUAUCCUAAUGAGAGCUGAUAAUACCUACAUAUUAUUUCCUGUAUCGUCGCAUCGAAGUGAAACGCGACUCAUUCAAAAAAGUACCAUUGCCUACGCAACGAUUUCACGUUGCCAAUACUUUACUAUAUGCAAAGAUUGUCGAUUAGCGUGAAAAAUCGACUUUAUACGCAGGGAAUUCCGUUUACUCAAUUUGUCUUUCUUAGGAUUACCGAUGGCCAGCGGCCAGUGCGCCGCUAUCGUCAUCGACUUCGACCUACCACGAAAACAUAACCAGAUUUGUCUUUGUUCUUUUUACAAACUAGCGGGCACCGGGUAUACUACCUACCUGUGGGUAUUUUCGAAGCCCAGAAUUAAAAUUCAGCUUCUCGCGGUGGCCUGUGUUAAGUGGGUACUACUAUUAAUAUUAUAGCAGCAUGAGUUUGGUUCACUGAUCUAAUCGGUUUGAAUCUGUGCCUGUGUGUCCAGUAACCGAGAGUCUUCAGCAAGAAAUUUUCAUUAAGCCGAAGUGAUGAAUUAUAGUGGAAUUGAAUUUAAAAAAAAUAGCAUUAAUUCUCAGUAAAGAAGUGUUUAUUAGUUUAUUUAACUAUUCUACUAAGUGAGAGAGGAAUCAACUGCCAUCAAGAUGACUUAUAUGAAUAGUAUGAAAAUAUUCCAGGGCACUUUGCCACAACUCUUCGCUGUGUUAGCAGCCACAUUGAACGCCAUUAGUGACGGCAUGCAAUACGGUUGGACAGCUCCCGUACUACCUAUACUCAUGGGUCCAAAUUCGCCAGUUCCCAUUACCGAAUCGCAAGGAGAAUGGAUGGAAACGUUUCUUUGGAUCGGGUCUCUUAUGUGCCUACCUCUGACGAUGUACUUAGUAGACAAAAUAGGAAGAAAACGAUCGAUACUACUAGCCUCAUCGUUCAUGUUUACCGUGUGGGUCGUGACUGCUCUUGCUCCUUCGGUGGAAUAUCUUUACGCUGCGAGGCUUCUGGCCGGUGCAGCCAGCGAUACGGCUUACGUUUCCACGCCAAUGUACAUUGCUGAGAUCGCGGAGCACAAGAUUCGAGGUUUCCUGAGCAGUUUGAUAUUCCUAAUGAUGCUCAUCGGCAUUCUUCUGGUGUAUUUGGUAGCGCCUUUCGUUCCCAUUUACGCUCAUUGUAUAUUAGGAGCGUGUUUGGCCGGUUUGGAGCUGAUUAUAUUCCCUUUCAUGCCGGAAAGCCCUUAUUACCUGUUAUCAAAGGAUGAUGAAGUUGGUGCGAAGAACGCUUUGAAACGAUUAAGAGGUCCAGGUAGCGAUAUCGAUAAAGAAAUAGCAGAAAUGAAAUCUGCCGUAACGAGGCAAAAAACCGAAAGAGGAAGGCUUAUCGAUUUGUUCGUUGUACCGAGCCAUUUUAGAGCUUUGCUUAUUAUGAUCGUAUUAGAUGUAGCUCAACAUUUUAGUAGUAUAAGCGUUCUGUUAAUGAAUUUGCAUAUAAUAUUGGACGAAGCGGGAUCUAUUUACAUGGAACCAUCGACGGCUGGUAUUAUAUUUGCGUUCAUUUUGCUUUUGGCUGCUACUGUUGCGUCAUUUUCGAUAGACAAAUUCGGAAGAAAAAUCCUCUUGAUAAUUUCUAGCGUUCUAUCGGGGUUCUGCGUUCUUAUCAUAGCUGUUUAUUUCCAACUUAAGAACUCCGGUUACGAUACUGCUACCGUUAGCUGGUUGCCGAUUGUGAGCGUAAUGCUUUACGCUUGCGCAUUCAAAUUAGGAUUAGGUCUCGUGCCCAUAGUGCUUACAGCGGAAUUGUUUCCUACGAAAAUGAAGGCCUACGGAAUGACUAUCGCUGAUGCUUUGUACGUCAUCAGUUCGCUGCUCUCGUUGCAGGUCUAUCAGCGGUUAAGCGAUAAUUAUGGUAUGGAAUAUCCUUUUUACGUUUUUGCUGUUAGUUGCUUUUUUACCGCGGUUUUCUGUUACUACUUCGUACCUGAAACUAAGGGCAAAACGUUAGACGAAAUUCAAAUGAUACUUAAAGGAAUGACGGAGAAGCCGAUAAAAGUGGAACCCAUACCAGAAACGAUAUCGACUCAUUUGUGA